AUGUGGAGAUCACCGAAACGCAGACCUAACAGCAGUGGCGGCCGACAAGGCAGUUUGCGGACGCCGGCGGCUGCGCAAGACGCUGAACUCUCUGAUAUCAUCGUGCCGAACCUGGGUUUUGGCAACGAGCCUCUGGAAACCAUGGUGCCCAUCCCGCAAGAUGUCCAAGAAAAAGAGGACUACAGAGAGCACGUUAAUAGUAUUAUUACUCAACAGGCGCAAAAAAAGGGCCGCAAAGAACUCGACCAAGUCUAUUUAGAGUUGCUGAAAUCCACCAAUGCUCAAACGGUUGAUAGUCUCAAGGACGACAGCUGGCUAUACACCUAG